AUGGCUGCUUUGCUAACGAUAUUGAAAUUGAAGAAGGGAAAAUCAACUUAUACGCUAACGAUUUCUUCACCAGUGACAUUAGAAGCGAUAAGGGAACAACUUUCUCUUGCGAUAAACAAUUCCGGUGGGUUACCAGAAGCAGAUGAAAAUGCGACAGACCAGAUGGAGGAAGGAGUAGAUGAAGAUGAAGAGAAUAUACCUGUUCCCAAAUCAGAAUUUGAACAAGUGGAACAAGUGGAACAAGACGAGGAAAUAAUAAACCAUAAAUCACUUAUACCAGAGGAAAUAAUAAACCAUAAAUUAGUUAUACCAGAGGAACUACGCGUGGCAGUACCGCAAAAUCCAGCGGCUCCUUUUGACAAUCAAUGGAUCGAAUUGAAUAAAGAUAAUUUCAAACAAGUGUCAUUCAAAGAUUUUGACAUUCUAGCAUUUAGCACCACUCCUGGAGUUGACUUUGAAAUUGUUGAAGCGGCAUUCAUAGAGUGA